UUCAGAUAUCCGCUUGCGCUAGUUGAUCUGGCGGUUGCUCGGCUUACUGACCUCCAACUGCCAUUGUCCGCUGUGUUUCACCAUCAAAAGACGUUACAGGCGUGUUUACACACGCACACAAGAGACGGAAAAGAAAAUGUCUAUUGGGUUUCUUGGGGCCGGACGAAUUGCACAGGCCCUGGCCAAAGGAUUCAUUGAAUCAGGCGUGACGAACCCAGCGAAGAUCAUGGCCAGCUGUCCCGUAGCCGACAAGCACCUCUUGGAUGAGAUCAAGGCCCUGGGGUGCCGGACGACGCACGAGAACCUCGACGUGGUGGACCAGUGCGACACCAUCCUGGUGGCGCUCAAGCCGAACGUGGUGCCCGCCGUGCUCGAGCAAGUGGCGCCCGCCGUGCAGCAGAGACACCUGGUCGUCUCCCUGGCGAUGGGGGUCACGCUUGACGAUAUACAGCAGAGGCUUCCGGCGGGGACGCGCGCGGUGCGCGUGAUGCCCAACACGCCGUGCCUGGUGCGCCACGGGGCCAGCGUGUUCGCGCGCGGGGGCGUGGCCACCGCGGACGACGCGGGCCUCGUGUCCCGGCUGCUGGCCAGCGUGGGCCACUGCGAGGAGGUGCCCGAGUCCCUGAUGGACGUCGCCACGGGACUCAGCGGCAGCGGACCGGCAUACGUCUUCGUCACUAUUGAAGCCCUCGCCGAUGGUGCUGUGAGACAAGGGAUGCCGAGAGAUCUGUCCUACAGGCUAGCUGCCAACACUGUCUUGGGCGCGGCUAAGAUGGUGCUGUCCACAGGGCGGCACCCAGGCUCGCUAAAAGACGACGUGAGUUCACCGGCCGGGACAACUUGCGAAGGUCUGUGGGCGCUCGAGAAGGCUGGCUUCCGAGCAACGCUCAUAGAGGCCGUCGCUGCGGCUACCGCAAGGGCCGCCAGAGGUCGCCACUGAACAACCGAUGCAUACGGCUCUGACCAGUGCCAGAGAGUACAUUUACCACGCUCGUGAAUGUGGAAUAGGCGCAGCGACGAAUAUGAUGCAAGCGCCAACUUUAUCCAGCGCUGUAGCGUGUAUCACCAGACGCGUGUAUAACUACGCAUGUUUCUUUUGGAUCCUUGUCGUUUAUGGCCACAAAGACUUGUGCGAGACGAAGCUCAAUUUCCAAAGUCUUGUCUUGCUAUUUUGAUCGGUACUUCAACGUGUACAGAUUCUUUACUUUUGAUGCUAGGCGUUCAGUGAAGGCUUGGGCACGAUGUAGUCACUUCUCCUGCUUUAGGAGACCAUUAUGGCGUGCAUGAGGAGAGUGAUUUUGUGCGUGCAAAGUGAGAAUUUUUCGUCAUGGUAGUUUGGAUAUUCUCAGUGAUUUUCACGGCCAGGUUUUAAUGUCAAGCAUCAAAGAUGCCUCGCUUGUGCAGGUAGACAAUAAAUUUUAUUGCAAGUUGGUGUUUGCCACUGUGCCAUGCCCGCGAUUUUUGUUAUCAUUAUAGACAGCCCAUUGUUUAUAUUUAUGCUAAACCAUUACUUGCGCCGUCAUGCUCUGAACCUUCAAAGAAUAAAUCAAAUAGAAAUUGAAAUUUCCGAAGAGCCCACGCUUCGCAGAUGUUUUCAUGCAUAUACAGCAUAAAUAUGAUGCAUACGUAAUGCACCAGAGUGAGGUGAAGACCGUAAUAUUUCGUUGUUUUGGCAGAUUUCUAUCUAUCAUAUACUGCACACGUUUUUAUUGUUAUACAUUAUGCAUGAUUUCUGUUUUUGUUGCUAUUAUGAGAGUGUUUUAUGCUGCAAAAUGCAAGGACUUUGUCUUUGUUCCCGCGACCCAUGUCAGCAGGAAAAAUGAAUCUUGCUAUUCUUCACUUCACUGGAGCGCUAAAAAAUUUGCAGCAAUAUUUCUUCUGCAUUUAUUGUGCGCAUUACCGAAACCCGCCAUUGCGUGCGUGCGUACUAUCACAUUUCUGACUAUCAUGUAGUCGCUGCUGCCACUUGGUAUCAGAGACCAUUUUAUGUGCACCCUGAGGUUACAUAUAAUUUGAUAUUGAGGUCGGUCAGACCUAUGUCGAGUGUGUAGGUGUAUUCUUGUCUUAAAUAAAAAAAACACGAUUUAUGCA